GUCGUUCUCUUCACCACCACCACACGCUUUUUUUUUUUGUUACUAUCAGAUUCUCAUCUGUUGCAAUGUCCAAGAACAACGGCGGAGCUCGUAGCUGCUUAGGUUCGAUGGACGACAUCCGCCGCGUCUUCCAGCGAUUCGACAAAAACGGAGACGGAAAGAUCUCCGUCGACGAGCUCAAGGAGGUGAUCCGCGCGCUGAGCCCCACCUCGUCGCCGGAGGAAACAGUGAAGAUGAUGAAACAGUUCGAUCUUGACGGAAACGGAUUCAUCGACAUGGACGAGUUCGUCUCUCUUUUCCAGAUCGGAAUGAGUCAAGGAGGAGGCGGAGGAGGAGGGAACAGCAAGAACGAUCUGAAGGAAGCGUUCGAGCUGUACGAUCUGGACGGUAACGGGCGGAUCUCGGCGAAGGAGCUUCACUCGGUGAUGAAGAAUCUGGGGGAGAAGUGUUCUGUUCAGGAUUGCAGGAAGAUGAUUAGCAAAGUUGAUACGGAUGGUGAUGGUUGCGUUAACUUUGAGGAGUUUAAGCUGAUGAUGAACAACGGCGGAGCUUGAGGAUGAUCGGUUGUAUUAGGGAUUGUUUGUAUAGAGGAAGCUAGAAAAGUUUGGUUUUAUGAGUUUUUUUUUUACUUUAUGUGCAACAACUUCCGUUCUUCACUAUUGAGAUUGUUCUGAUGGGCCUGACUUGCUAAUCUGAUGUUCCAGUCUUGUUUAAACUUUUCCAAUUGCAAAAUUCAAAGGAAUAUGGGAUGUGAGAUA